CCAAAUCGUAAAGUGGACAGUUCAACUGAAGAAUUAACCCACCAAACAUUAUGCCUUGUAGGGUAAGUUCUAACGGAAGAGUCUCCGAUGCUCGUGCAUAUAUACCUCCGGAGUCUUUACAACCGAGGCACCAAAACACAAGCCAUCGUCUACGUGCAAAGCUGAGACCACCUUGAGCAGCUCAUAGCCACCACACCAGCAGCAGCAGCAAUGGCGGCCGCCGGAGCAGGAGGGGACGACCUGAAGCUGCUGGGCAUGUGGGCGAGCCCGGCCGUCCUGCGCGUGCGACUCGCUCUCAGCAUCAAGGGCGUCAGCAGCUACGAGUACCAAGAGGAGGACUUCGACAACAAGAGCGAGCUGCUCCUCCGCUCCAACCCCGUCCACAAGAUGGUGCCGGUGCUGAUCCACGCCGGCAAGCCCGUCUGCGAGUCGACGGUCAUCAUACAGUACCUCGACGAGGCGUUCGCCGGCGACGGCCGCCCCGCCCUCCUCCCGGCCGACCCCUACGAGCGCGCCGUCGCCCGCUUCUGGGCCGCAUUCAUCGACGACACGCUGCUGAAGGCCAUGUACCAGGCGUCGUGGAGCAAGACGGAGGAGGAGAAAGUGGAGGGGAAGAAGAAGGUGGCCGCCGCCUUGAAGACCCUGGACGGAGCCCUGCGGGACGUCGCCGGAGGGAAGCCGUUCUUUGGAGGCGACGCCCCCGGGUACGUGGACACGGUGCUCGGCGGCCUCCUCGCGUGGGCGCGCUCCAUGGACGUGAUCAAUGGCGUCAAGACCAUCGACCCCGUGACGAUGCCGCUGCUCGCCGCGUGGGCGGACCGCUUCGGCGCGCUGGACGCGGUGGAGGCGGUCAUGCCGGAUGUGAACAGGCUGGUGGAGUUCUCCUUGUCCUUGACAACGUAGGCUCAUGCUGGGGACGAGGCCGCUCGCCACAGCAAAGCUAUUUUGUUUCAAAAGAUUGCCGCUAUGUUUAUUUUGGCUUUUCUCGUUGGAAUUGUAUUCUCUCUUUCAUGUUCCCCACGUAGCGUUCACCAUUUAGUUUUGUUGUUGUUGAGUGAGCCAUAAAGCUUUAUUGGUCAUGGAAAAUAAUAUCUGUCUAUCUAU